CCUGUCUUACAGUUCCGGUUUUUUCUCCUCUUCCUUCCUAUUAGCUUCAACUCUGAAAGAUGACCAGAAAUCUCGGAUAGAGAAGAACCUCAUCAAUGUUUUAAUGAACGAAAGUCCUGAGCCUGAGCCUGACUGUGACGGCGCCGCUGUGAAAACUGCUCAGAAGCUGUGGGCGGACCGGGUCUCCCUGGCCGGCAGCAACGUGUUCACCGUCGGGGUGCAGCACCUCGUGCCGUUCGUGCAAUGCAAAGCCAAGUUCCACGCCCCCAGUUUCCACGUUGAUGUGCCUGUGCAGUUUGAUAUUUAUCUGAAGGCUGACUGUCCACAUCCCAUCAGGUUCUCUAAGCUCUGCGUCAGCUUUAACAACCAGGUAAAGGUGCCAGCUCACGGGCCUCACCACGUGUGAAUCUUAUUGCAGCUCCCGUGAAGUUAGAUAGAGUGA